UUCAUGUUUAGAGAAGAUGACUCUGUGAUCCUUUUACUAAGCAUGGAUCCGUCAGAAGUAGAAUUUUUGGCCGAGAAGGAGUUGGUCACGAUUGUGCCUAACUUUGCGCAAGAUAAGAUUUAUCUGAUCAGUGGAGACGUCGGCCCCUUCGUCCCAAGCAUCCCCCUCCAAGUACCACUGUGGAUGGCAGUCAACUUGAAGCAGCGUCAGAAAUGCAGAAUCCUGCCCCCAGAAUGGAUGGAUAUAGAAAAGUUAGAAGAAAAGAAACAAGAGGAAAUAGAUUCCAAGUUCUUCACAGCGAUGCCGAGCCGGUUCUACAUCGAGGUCACCCAGCUGCUCCUGCAGUGGUGAGAACUGUUUGUUUGUUUGUUUGUUUGU